CACCUUUUAUUUAUAUCUGGUUAUCCCUUAACCCGUCUAUUAGCGGCUGAGCUGGUACAGAAGUGGACAGAGCAGAGUUGGCACAUUAAAAAAUGACUUAGUGACCAUCUGACGGGAUUAGCAGCUCUAUGUAAAGGGACUGUCAGACUGAGAGAGGAGUACCAGCUAGUGAGAAGCAAGCUCAUCAGCAAAAGAAAGGACACUUUGAGACCUCAACAAAAGUAACUCAUCGAAAUGGCAGACACAGCCGUCGCAGCUCCCGCAGACAAAAAGGCACCACCCAAGUUCAAGCAGAGGACUGCACGUACCUUCAAGAGCAAGGCCCCUAAGCCAGGCCAGAAGGGAUUCGGAGACGAUAUCCCUGGCAUGGAGGGCCUUGGCACAGACAUCACAGUGGUUUGCCCAUGGGAAGCCUUUGGUGACAUGGAGCUCAGCGACCUGGCAAAAUACGGAAUCGUCUAGAAAAACCCCACCAGGUCUUCUCCACAACGUUUUUUUUCUCCCUGUGCUGGUUUUCCUUCGCCUGCUCCAACUUGUGUCUGCUGAAGAUGUUUUAUCGGUAAGCUCUCAAAGGAGGCAGCUUUUGAAGAUUAAGAGGUUUGACCUGUAAAAAAAAUAAAAUCCAGCACUCUCUCUUGUCUCAUGCACUUUAUUCACCCCUGCCUUCCCAGCCAUCCUCCACAGUCCUUGUAACGAGACGUGUGAGCAGCUCCGAGCUCGGUGCCUGAACUGUCCACUGAGGAAAAAUAUAUAUGU